AUGCGGCUCCAGAGUGAGAUAGUCGACGCGCAGGGCCUGAUUUCCGAGGGGAACGAAUCGAAUGGGAACGUCGACCAGGCAUCCCUCCCCGGGUCGACCAUGUCGUGGCGUCGGGUCAUGCCGAGUCCGGUGGCCAGGCAGGCCCCCCGGUCGCUAUGUAGCCCCCUGGGGUCGAAACACAGGGGCGCAGGGUGGCCGGGGGAGGGACACCUCGCAUGGAAAACCCACCCUCAACACAUCGAAAGCAGCUUCCAGAUGACCAAGAACAAACGCCGACAACGAACACAACAGCCAGACCUCCAGAUCACCAUCGCACCAGCAAGCAACAACACCAGCAACAACCGAUCAUCAGCACUGAUAUCUGCAUCCACCAACUCAUCCGACAACGAGAUCUACGAAAACACACUCAGCUCACCCCUCUUCACCACCAAACCAAGCGAACAGCCCAAACCCAGAAACUCGCUCCAUCCGGAUACCAUCAAACUCACCCCAACCUCAAUCCCCCGAUCAUCUGCGUCUGCGGCUGCUUCCGCUUCCUCGGACGAUCACUCAAUCCAUGAUGACCAAAGCUUAGCCGAUGAACAGCAACAACAGGAAGACCUGGAAAACCAUCUGGAUCAAGCCGAAGAAUAUUCACCGCAGGACGAGAAUUCUCACUGGCAGCAUACAGCCCGAUCGGAUGAUGAUGAUGAUCAAGAUGAUGAUCAAGAUGAUAGAGAUGGCCGAAGCAAUGGGAGCGAGAACGGGGAGAGGGAGCCGCUCGUCCACCAUAGCCAUCAUGACCAGCCAAUAAGCGAGGGCUCGUACUCAUCCUCCGAUAACCCACGACUCGAUGGCUAUCCUCGUCAUUCAAAGGCCCGCCAGAGACGGAAGGUCUAUGGAGGCGGAAGGCUCGAUUGGGGUGGCGAACUGGAGAUCUGGGAGGUCGGCUUAGGAGUCGCAAGUAACAUGUAUGUCAAAAACAACAACAAAAAAUUACGAAAGAUACAGCUCCUGAUUUUUUUUUAUUACAGACUGUCCCCGGCGCCGCUCUUUAUUCCUCAUGCGUUCCUCCUACUGGGACUGCCGAUCGGCCUGCCAGUGCUAUUCCUGAUCGGCUUCGUAGCCUGGUUCUCCCAGGUCGUCCUUGUCGUAUGCGGGCGGUAUGUGGGUGGACGGACGUAUGCGCAGGUCGCCUCGGCGGUCCUACCUGACCGACUGAAAGGGUGCAACAUCUGGUUCGGCGAGACGGUUGUCGAGCUCUGUCGGGUGUUUGUGGCUGGAGGACGAGGGAUGGUGAACAUGAUGAUGGUCUCCGACCUGUUCUCCCAGCUCACCCGACAAUACACACCCAAGGCGGCAAUCCUCUACUCGCGGGUGUUCAUCAUCGCUUUCGUCGGCCUGCUCUCGCUCCUCCCCAACUUCCUCCGCCCCCGUCGCCCCCUCUUCCUCCCCGCACUCUUCCCCACCUUGUCCCGACUCCCGCUCCUACUCACAGCGCUCUGGCCGAUCGCCAUCGGGAUCAUCGCCUUCAGACUCCGCCAGCUCAACCGCGAACUCGGCCGGAAACUUCCCCCUACCGGCGAAGGCGACGUCUACAGCGAGAUCAUGGGUGGGACGGUCUGGGGCGGCUUCUCGAUCCUGCUCUUCUGUCUCUCCACCCCGCAACAUACCUUCAAGCAUUUCCGCUCUCUCAAGCGGAUCAACAAGCCCCCCGGAAACACCACCCAUCCCAUGAGGCCGCUCGCCAGUCAUUCCGCCGAGGACGGCUCGGCGGUGCCGGUUGCCGAUCCGCUAUUUGCUGGCACCAGUCGCUCGUCGAUCUUCUCGAGCUACACCCUCCGACGCUAUUCCUGGGAGUCGGCCGCCCUCCUGGGGGUUGUCUACUCGACCCUAAUCUGUCUUAGUUGGGGAUUAGUGGGAUAUCUGGGGAUGGAGCACGGGGGUUACGAAGUGAACUUCCUAGCAUCCUUGCCGUCGAACGACCCAUGGAUCUCGAGCUCGCGGGUGAUCUUACUGGUGGUCUUGAUCCCAUCGAUUCCCAAUGGCGGCGAAGGCUCGACGAUCGAAGUCCUCGGCUGUGUGGGCUCCACCAUCAUUGCAGGUCUCAUCCCCUCCGUCUUCUGGAUCGUCCUCUUCCACAUCCGCAAGGCCCGUCCCAUCCUCAACAUCAAUCCCUCCAAUCCGCCUUCGCCUACAGCCUCGAUUUCUAGGACCAUCGAUAACCCAGUCCGCCCAGGCGCCCGCUCUCGCAUCGCUUCCAACUCACCGCUCCCCGUCUCUGCUCGAAGACCUUCAGGCGCCGAUCAAUUGCUGAUUAUCAAGGAGGCUCAGUUACAGAAACGGCUUUCUGGGAGAAGAAUCUGGCAGGACAUCGGCAUCUUCGGCAUCCUUAUCCCCUUCUGUUCUGUCGUCUUGCUCAAAGGCCUCAUCGCCGUCUCUCACGAAACCGGGCCGCCUCCUCCUAUCUCUUGA